AUGUGUGGCGUCAUAGGUUUACUUUUGGGAACUGUCGAGGCUAACGCCGCACCUGAUAUCUGCGAGGGGUUGAAUCUAUUACAACAUCGUGGGCAGGACGCUUGCGGAGUGGUCACAUGUGGACCCAAAGGUCGUUUCUAUCAAUGUAAAUCUAACGGAAUGGUUCGGGAUGUCUUGGACGCCCACAGUGUCGCUAGUUUGGUAGGAAGCAUGGGUGUCGGACACGUGCGAUAUCCUACCGCCGGAAGUACCGCACAUGCCGAAGCUCAACCCUUCUAUGUCAAUUCGCCCUAUGGAAUUGUUUUGGCACACAACGGCAACUUGAUCAACACCUCGCAUCUCCGAUAUUAUCUAGAUCACUACGCACACCGGCAUAUCAACACCGAUUCAGAUUCUGAACUUCUUUUGAAUAUCUUGGCGGACAAUCUUCAAAAAACUGGAAAAUUCCGGAUAGACGAAGAUGACAUUUUUAGAGCGAUUUCAGGUCUAAUGAAGCAUUGCCAUGGAGCUUAUGGAUGUGUGGCUAUGCUUGCUGGAUUUGGAAUCAUCGCUUUCCGGGAUCCCAAUGGUAUUCGUCCCCUCGGUUAUGGUCGACGGAAAGUAGAUUCAAGUAACGGGCAACCCGAACGGUGGGACUAUAUGAUCAGUUCUGAAAGUGUCGCAUGCGAUGCAAAUGGAUUCACAGAUUGGGUAGAUGUCAAACCAGGCGAAGCCAUCAUCAUCACAAGAAAAGGCGUCCACGCCCGACAAGCUCUUACACCUCGUACUUUGGCUCCUGAUAUCUUCGAAUACGUUUACUUUGCACGCCCGGAUAGUGUUAUCGAUGGUAUCAGUGUUUACAGAAGUAGGAUGGCUAUGGGUGAUGCUUUAGCCCUCGAAGCCAAGAGGAUAUUGACUGAAUGUAAUAUGUCAGUGGAUGUGGUUAUUCCAGUACCAGAUACCAGUCGUGUAGCUGCCUUACAAUGUGCCCAAGCCCUCGGUAUACCUUAUCGGGAAGGGUUCGUCAAAAAUCGAUAUGUAGGGCGUACAUUCAUCAUGCCCGGUCAGCAGCUACGUCGAAAAAAUGUUCGGCGCAAACUGAACGCCAUGGCUAUGGAGUUCGAUGGCAAGUCAGUCAUGCUGGUUGACGAUUCUAUCGUACGAGGUACCACUUCAAAAGAAAUCAUCCAAAUGGCGCGCGAUGCUGGUGCCAAAACCGUUAUCAUGGCUUCCUGCGCACCGCCCAUCAGAUUUCCAAACGUAUUUGGUAUCGACAUGCCUUCACGUAAAGAGCUUGUGGCCCAUAAUCGAACAGAAGACGAAAUUGCACACGAAAUCGGAGCUGAUAAGGUCGUCUUCCAAACACUCGAUCACCUCAUCAACAGUUGUGGUAAAUUUAACAAAUCGAUCCAAGAAUUCGAUUGCUCCGUUUUCACCGGUAAAUAUGUCACUGGUGGGGUUGACGAAGAAUAUCUUUUGAACCUUGAACAACGCCGAGGAGACGCAAAAGCGUCGUCUUCAGGGAAAGCUAGUUCACAGUCACAAGCUGGUACAACCAAAUCAUCUUCCCUCCUCCUUCCUACCCAAUCUCAUGUCGAUCAACUAUCUUCGAGAUCAUCUGCACCCGUUGAUACCUCGGGAAACACAAACCAAAACCCUACUAUCGCUCCUCCCGCUGAUACCAUCGGUUUGACGAAUGAGUCCAUUCAGACUGUCAGCCAAAACGACAUGUGUGUCGGAUUACCAAACAGCUAUCUCCGACAAUCAUCAAGUUCUCGUGGCAGCCGGGCAGCCAGUACCAGUGCGGAAGAGCUACCAAAUGAAGUGGCAGACAAUGUCACUCAUCUCGAGUUGGACGAUGACGAGGCAGAAGCAUUAGUAAAGCCUAUGAAGGACAGCCUUCGCAUUGAUGGUGAAGAUAAGGACGGUACCGUAGGUGGCAUGGUGACCGACGAUGGCGGACAUAAUGGGUAUAUACCGACAACUCCCAGGUGA